UUUCUUUGUUCAACCAGGCACCUGUGCAGGCCGUGCCAUAACCGUGAGAAAGCUAAGGGACUGGGCAAGUACAUCUGUCAGAAGUGCCAUCUGAUAAUUGAUGAGCAGCCACUGAUGUUCCGGAAUGAUUCCUACCAUCCAGAUCACUUCAAUUGCACCCACUGUGGGAAGGAGUUGACUGCUGAGGCCCGGGAGCUGAAGGGAGAGCUGUACUGCCUGCCCUGCCAUGACAAGAUGGGAAUCCCCAUCUGUGGAGCUUGCCGCAGGCCCAUUGAGGGCAGAGUGGUCAAUGCGCUGGGAAAGCAAUGGCAUGUUGAGCAUUUUGUUUGUGCCAAAUGUGAGAAGCCAUUCCUGGGGCACCGCCACUAUGAGAAAAAAGGACUGGCUUACUGUGAAACUCAUUAUAACCAGCUCUUUGGAGAUGUUUGCUACAACUGCAGCCACGUGAUAGAGGGAGAUGUGGUAUCAGCUCUUAACAAGGCUUGGUGUGUGAACUGCUUCUCCUGCUCCACCUGCAACAUCAAGCUCACACUGAAGAAUAAGUUUGUGGAGUUUGACAUGAAGCCUGUAUGCAAGAAGUGCUAUGAGAAAUUCCCACUGGAGCUGAAGAAACGCCUGAAGAAGCUGUCAGAGCUGGCAUCCAAGAAGGCACACCCCAAAGCCCUGGAUUUAAAUUCUGCUUAAACAGGGGUGAUCUGAACUAAUCUGAGCAGACUGAGAUGCCUUUCCAUGAAUAGUUGGAGGCUGUAUCUGCCCUUUUUGUGAGAUGGACAGGAUUGAAGGCACUGGAGGACUGCUGUCCCAUGUGGGAUUUAAGUCUACCAGAAAGUGUAUAAUUCAGCAGAUGAAGUGAAUACAGCAGUUGGGCCUGAGGCAGCACCCUGUUAGCAAGAAGUUAAAGGUUCCUCACUUCUUGCAUGUGUGAGAAACAACUGGAUUGGGUAAUCUACCUUAAAAUUGACCUCACUGCCACUGUGCUCUGCUCCAAAUGGAUCUGCACAAGGUAAAGCACUGAUAGCUGCUCAUGUGCUUGCUGUGCAGCCACUGCCCAUGGAACUGCAGCAGUGGGAAGUCAUGGUUAAUUGUGCAGAUAAGAGUCCCAUGCACAAGACCAUCCCUUAGAUACUGGCUUUUCUGAUUCGAUUUUCCUCCAGCUGCUCUGCUUUAUUAUUGUCAUAAGUUUCCAAACGAUUUUAACUGGGAUAGUCCUUAUCCACCCCAACAGUGAUGAGGGGGUGGGCUUUAAUCAGCUGGUAGAACUCUCCCAUUGCCUUCUGACCCGUAUGCACUGUGGCUUACACUAAUUGUGGCUUUUGUCACUGCUUUAGGAGAACGUGUGCCUUGUCCCUGUUCUCUCACUAACCCGUAGGUGGUCUUUUAGUUAAGGACCCAAGUAACAGCAUGUCUUUUAGUGCAGUAGGAUGUGGGCACUGCAAAGAUUUUUCCUAUUCUUUGGCUGGUUCACAGAAUGAAGCACAAAAACAUCUGAUUUAGAUAUGUUAUGCAGAUUGAUCUCAGCAUAAGGCAUGCAGGUCUGUUCCUGUCAUCUUAGUCACAAACCACACCUAAUGCCAAGUCUGAACAGCUGUGUACAGCAGCUUCUGGGAAGAUGCUGGGGAACACCAAGCUAUGUACCUACUAAUGAAAACAAGGAGUAUGUAGCUAGCAGGCAAUAGGAAAUACUCUUUCUGUGGCCACUCUCAAGUUCAGCAAUGGACAAUUCAGACAUAUAGAAGCAGAUGGAAUUAUUUAUUACUGCAAAUAGAGAUUUUGUCUGUGCUUGCACUUUGUCUCAUGCUAGAAAUCAAGUAGACCUAGUAGGCUUCAGUAUUCCAAGAGCAGUUGGUAUCAUUCUCUUUGUUAAGGUGUUCAGUUUGCAUUCUGUCCUCAUACUCAGAGCAUUGCCCAAAAGAAGUGGAGUGAAAAAAUCAUCAUAGUCCCUGUUCUCUGUAAAGAACUGGGAGUGGUGAUCUCUUAGCAGCUCUUAAAUUACUAAAUUUUCAUACCUAUUUUUCUUAGCCUACAAUGUACAGAUGGAUAGUGGUGAAUGUUACUCAUGUACCUUUGGUGAAGCAAUGGAAUUGAAGGAGAAAAAGGUCAUUAGAAGUAGUUUAAACAGAUGCAUCUUCCCUCUACCUCUUUGGGUCCGCUUCUAAAAAGCCUUGAGUAGAAGAUAAUGCAGACUUCAGAAUUGCCCUUAGUGCCUCUCAUGAAGCCAAGGUCUUGGUCAGAAAUAAGCUGCCUGCUUUUUUUCCAUUGCUGUAAGCAGAUAAAUGGCCAAAUUCAUCCUAAGUAUCAAACCUCUGGAGAGCAGAGAUUUAUAUCAAGGUUGAAUUUGGCUCAGAAGUCUACACUAACUAAAAGCUCAUGUAAUUACAUGCAUUUCUAGUUUACAUUCCUAUUUAUACAUACUGACUUACAAUCACUAAUAUUCACUGAUUACACUUGAAAAUAUUUAUGCUUUUAGAAACCACAAUAUGUGAAGCUUAUUUGUAUGAAAAGGGCACGUUAAUCACCUGCUGUCUUUCUUUAUAACCUGCUCUCUUAGGUUUGCAUCCUGGCCUUUAUUUUUACACCAAUCUGUGCAGUGUUAGCAAACAUUCAACCUCCUGGACAGAGAGUUCCUAGAUGUGAGCUUUGUAUCAGAUGAUGUGACUGACAUGUGAUCAGGUGGUGAAGGAACAGAUUGCACAGAGCUAAUAAGUGCAGUUGCAGUAGUCUGUAAAGCACUAUUAAGUGCUGAGGACAGGAUAAGUUGGAUAAAAGAAUUAGCAGCAAUUAGUCAUGGUUCAGGCUUUGAUGAUAGGUGUGGGCUCUGCACAGUGCAGAGCUCUUUUUAUCACACAUUGCUGGUGCUGUCUAACCUAACAUGUGACUGUGGAUUGAAGUAUUGUAAUAUUGUAUCUGUUUAUAUUCCUGUAAUAAAGUUAAUUGUACUGUUACAUUUUAAGUCUUUGCACACCAAAAAAAAGUGAAAAGAAUUUGUAUAUAGAAAACUUACAUUUGCAUUGCUGAGCAAUGGGGCAUUACACAUUCUGAGGAACUCUGAGGACUGCCCAGGUCUGAUCAACUGCUGUCUUGAAUUCCUGUUUUGGUUGUGUUGCUUCUGUUGUGUUGGUUGAUGAAGAUGUGCAGAGGCUAUGCCAUACAACUUGCAUUGUCUAUGAAAAGCGGCUGGGAUGCUGUGAUUGUAGUGGAUGUGUGGUGGGUUUAAGUUACUUGGAUCUGGAACAAAUACACACUUCUCAUGUUGGAAAA